UCGGGAUUGAGGAGGAGGAGGAGGAGGGAUCAUUGCAGCGGGGUGUGUUGUUUGGGGAGAGAGAGAGAGAGGGUUAUAUUGGAUACUUGUACGCCAGGAAUGCUGUGAAAACGAAGGAUCUCUGUGCACGACUUCCAGCCGUGAACUCCCAGUUUGCGUGCCGAGGGUUCAUAUCCCUAAAAACAUUCGGCCGGCUUUUGUUUGAACAUGUUUUUAUUGAACCGAGCUUGACUUUAAAGUUCUACCUAUGUUGUCAGUGACACUACAGGUAGUUGGGAAGACGAUCCCGGAAGAACUCGUACUACAGGUUGCCAGUUUGUUUUCAAAGCCUGCUGCUGGCAUUUUACUAUAGGACGAGCGAAUCCACCUAACGCAAUUCAUGUCAUCGGAAAUUUUUCUGAAUUAGUAGCCUGGUUUUUCAGUAUUUCCCCCUAAAUCCUGAAUUAGUAAACGGAAAGAAAAUGAAGGAAUUACGGAAAAAGAAAGUGUACGUUGUGAUAGACGUGCUGUGCGUGGUUGUUGCGGCCUUGCCCUUCAUCGUCAUGACGAUCCGGUUCCAGCCGUAUCACAGGGGGGUUUAUUGUGACGACGAGAGCAUCAUGUAUCCCAUAAAGCCUGACACCAUCACCCACGGCCUGCUGGCGGCCGUCACCAUUUCCUGCACGGUUAUCAUUGUAUCGUCUGGAGAGGCCUACCUCGUCUACAGCAAGCGGAUCUACUCAAACUCUAACUUUAACCAGUAUGUCGUGGCACUCUACAAAGUACUGGGCACCUUCCUGUUUGGAGCGGCUGUCAGCCAAUCACUGACUGACUUGGCAAAGUUCACCAUCGGACGGCCGAGGCCCAACUUCCUUUCUGUGUGCGCCCCAAAGCACUGCGUUGGGUACACGAGGAAUAUCAACUGUACCGGGGCACCGCAAGAUGUCACAGAGUCCAGAUUGUCUUUCUAUUCUGGCCACUCCUCCUUUGGGAUGUACUGCAUGCUUUUCCUAGCGUUGUACGUGCAGGCCCGUCUGAUGGUGAAGUGGGCGCGGCUCUUGCGGCCCACCAUCCAGUUCUUCCUGGUGGCGUUCGCCGUCUACGUGGGCUACACGCGCGUCUCGGACUACAAGCACCACUGGAGCGACGUGCUGGUGGGCCUGCUGCAGGGAGCUCUCGUCGCCGUGCUCAACGUUCGCUUCGUGUCGGACUUCUUCAAGAAGCGUCCCCCGCGCUGCGCGGCCGACCCCGACGCCCUGGAGAGCGAGGAGCCCGAGAGGAAGCCCAGCCUGCAGCUGGUGGACGGCGAGAGCAACAACCAUUACAACCACCACCUCCAACACACCCCCGGCUCGGUGUGAGCCCGGCCCCAGGCCCCGCGGGGUCCCUCCGCAGAUCCCUGGCUGUGGUCGGGCGGCCCCCCCCCCGACACCACACCAGAGACAGAGAGAGAGAGCGAGAGAGCGAGAGAGAGAGUAUGGAAUCCAGUUGAUGGACUUUAUUCCCUCUAUUGUUUGCGGGUGUGUUUGUGUGUGUGUGUGUUUGUGUGUGUGUUUUAGUAGGUGUUGACCAAAGGCCUCUGCGUGUGCUCAAGACACCCUGGGUUUUACAAGGUGUUCCCCGCCUCAAGGUUCAAUAAGAAUGCAGCGGCCGAUGAAACGUACCUCCUUUUAUAUAUUUUUUAUGAAUGACGCCAUCGGCCAAGCAUGUGGAUUGACAGGCUGCAACAACGCCCCCCACCCCCCGCCCGCCCCUGUAACCCUGACCCCCCCCCCCCCAAGCUCUCUAACCACUGGACCGACUGAGGGGUACCUUAAGCCCCCUCUAAAAGCACCAUGAUGACGCCCCUUCUCCUCUAAGGAGAUUGGAGUAUAAUGUUUAUUACAGGCAUCAUGUUAAUGAUGAAGUAUAUAUAUAUAUAUAAUUGCUUUACGUUUGACUUUUUAAACUAUGUUUUUGUAUAGAAAACUUCAUACGUCUGCAGAGUGAAGGAAAAUAAUAGUUUUGGAAGUUUUGGUAGGUUUUUGUUGUGUCGCAUUUUAGCGCACCUUAAGAUGGUCUUACACACUCGGAGAAUGGGAUAACUUUAGUUUUAUUUUCAGCAUGUUUGAUAGGUAUGCACUCUUGACAACAGCCGAUGAUAUACAGAAUCCAUCGAUUGAUGAUGUCAUUCAUUGUUUGAUAAUGUGUUACCAAAGAUUUUAGAAUAACGCUUCCAAAAGCAUUAUAAAGCUACUGUUCUCAUAUGAGAACCUGCCCGUUCUUGAUUUAAAAACUUUUCAUACUUUUUUAUACAUACUUAUAAUUCCAUAUUGUCUUCGUAAAACUGGCUUUGCCCUUAACGGGAAGCAGUCCUUUUCCUUUUACCAAGGCUUUUAUUGAAUUGUAAUUCACCUGUGUGAAGUGGACUGCGGAUGAGGUAGAUAUAGAUGUUUAACAGUAAAAAAUACCACUACAAGAUUGCGAACAAUCACUGGCAUGAAAGCAUUUUGAUAUUUGACCUUUUUCUAAUAUCACAUUUUAUUGUUGGAAUUUCUGUGUGUUUCAUUUGACCGUAAAGGUUAGGGAACUGAACAGGCAUUUAAGAGGGCUGUUUUGAAAAUGGUAUAUAAUUAAUUAAAACUCAAAUAAAUACUUAAUCUAGUCUGACGAAGAAAUCUUAAAAAUGUCUUUAUGCCAGCGCUGUUCAAGGUCAUUGUGCAGCCCCUCUGCUUGCCACUAUGAGCCACAGACACUCAAUCCAUCACCCUGAGAUAUGUUCACAUUGAAUGAAGGAUGCUUGCACACACACACACACACGCACGCACGCACGCACGCACGCACGCGCGCACGCGCGAGUAUGUUUUUGUUUCACUCGUUGCCUAGCUUUCAUUUCCACGCACACGGGGAACGCACCGAUGCCCUCAAUAAAUCAAGAAGGCGUCUCAAACUGGUGCCUUUCUCGGGGUUGCCACACAAAGGUAUCCAAUUCCCGGGGCCAAACGUGAUCCAGAUGCCUUGGCAGGGCUUUUGAGAGGCUUGUAAUGAGGAAGGCCUCCACAGCAAACCGUGGGCUGGCCGCCCACCACCCGCCCUCCCCCGCCCCUAACUUCCACUUCAAAGAUUCUUCCGGGGUUCUCUCUUUCUCUUCCCCUUUCCCGGCGCUGAUAGAUGGGGUUAAUUUGCGAUUAAGGGGGCCGGCCCCGCAUCCAGUCCUUGUAUGGUACAGCAAGGGCCCCGCUCUGUAUCAGACCGGCAGGAAAACCAGCGGUUCGGGAUAGGUGGAGAGGCGUGUGGAGGUUGGAUUAGGAGGGAAGGGAAAUGCGGUGGGGAGGGGGUACCCAGAAGUUAAAUCUCCCACCUUGUAGUGAUUGUGUGGCCCCCUGAAAGGCAUUGUUUGCCCCCCCCCCCUCCCCCCAACUGUUCUUGUUGAGUCACCAUCCCCUAGGGACCUCUGCAGGACUUCAGCCCCGGCAAUGAGGCGCACCUGGUGCUGUUUUUCUGAAUGGCGUUGUGUGGGGCACCUCAACACCCACCCCCCCACCCCCCCACCCACCCCCUGGCCCUCACUUUGCAUUCUUAAAUCCGCGCCAAUUGCCCGAGAUUAAAGCGAAGACCAGCACAAUGGUUUCCCUCUUGAGGAGUACAAAAGAAAAAUUCCCCUGGACAUUAUUUGAGGUAAUGUGGCUCCAUGUAUUUAAAAUGCAUAUUUCCCUGCUUUGUAUAUUAGUGCCUUAGGAUAGGCAUUGGCUUACCAUUUUAUUUUUUUCACUUUGUAUAAAAUAGUGUUUUAUUUUUUGUGUGUUUUUACCUUUUUGUAUGUCUUUCUAUAAAUGGCUGAUAAGAAAUACAUUUAAAUAAAGACAGACUGUACAGUCAAAUCUCUA